UCAGUUGAAAUCAGUGUCGCUCUCAAAACGGUAGUGUGGUGGUCAAGAAAAUAAAAGGCAAUCUAUAAUGCUGCAAGAUCAGAAUAAAACCAACAUGGCGAACCCAUCCAUAGGAUACGCCCUUAAACGCAGAAACGAUCGUUUUGUGGUCGAGCCAAUAUUGGGAAUCGUAAAUCCAGCUUAUGAACCCGAUCUGGAAGGAGAUAUAUCCGCAAUCAAUAGAAAAUGGCGAGUACAGAUAAUUGUUUACUUAUAUAAUCAGCAGCAGUGUUUAAGAUAUAAGCAAGUUUGAAGCUCAGCUGUCUAAUCCGAUGUCAAAGGCUUUUUA